GAUUACUCUUUAUACUGUAGUAUUAGCUUGCCUAUAUAACAACAUAAAGUACUAUAAAUGUAAACAAACCAAAAACUAAAAUGAAACGUAAAAGUGAAAAGUCAUCCAAGCACAAGAAGAAAAGGAAGUACUCUUCCUCGUCCUCAUCCACAUCAACUACAUCCUCGAGUUCGUCAAGCUCAUCCGAUUCGGACUCUUUAUCCAGUCAUUCCGAAAAUGAUUUCAAAAGGAAAAAAAUGCGUAAGAAAUCCCGACGUUCCUCUACCUCAUCUUCAUCCGAAGAGGAGAUCAAGAAGAAAAAGUUGAAGAAGAAAAAGUUAAAGCUCAAGUUAAAGCAAAAAAAACCUGAGCAGAAGGACUUGAAAACAGAGGACAAGAAAGAAGAUGAACCUGAAGAAUCAGUUGACAUUCCUUUAUCUUUGAUGUCCAAGCCUAUGGCACCAAUGACUAAAGAGCAAUGGGAUAAACAACAAAGUGUUGUUCGGAAAGUUUAUGAUGAAUCAACUGGUCGACACAGGUUGAUUAAAGGCGAUGGAGAAGUUAUUGAGGAAAUUGUAAGCAAGGAUAGGCAUAAGGCUAUCAACCAACAGGCUACAAGAGGAGAUGGAAACUAUUUCCAGCAAAAUGUACAUAAGAAAAUUUGAUUUGUUUGACACUAACUG